CGGGUGUCUCCGUCUUUUCGACGUUGCUUUUGUCCCGCUCUGAGCUUCGCCUUUGCUUCACUCAUUUACUGCGUCUUUUUACACUUUGUUUUAACGAUUCAUUUUGUUCCUGUUCGGCUCGGAUUUUCUCCACAGACCUGUCGGAGCUUCUCCCCCUCAUUGCGUCACCGGUGUGUGAGCCCUGGCUGAGAAAAUAAUGUCCCGCGGUUGAAGAUGGGCGUCAGCGGCUCCAAAACUAAAAGUUACUGGCCCUUUUCCGGCUCCGGAGGUGGCGAUGAAGCGGCCAAAGAAGGAGGAGAGCAGGCGCUGGCCAGAGUGCGCAAUUUCCCAAAUGGUACCCCCUUCGUGUUUACCAGGAGGAGCUCUAAGUACUUUGAUGAGGAUGGAGACCUGGCUCACGAGUUCUAUGAGGAGACGGUGGUGACAAAGAACGGACGCAAGAGAGCCAAGCUGAAGAGGAUCCACAAGAACCUCAUACCUCAGGGAAUUAUAAAGCUGGAUCAUCCCUGCCUCCAUGUAGAUUUUCCUGUCGUUAUAUGUGAGGUUUGAUGAAGGAUGAACUUGGAUCACACACACACACACACACACACACACACAGAGACCGAAGAUUCCGUCCUCCUCUGGACCAUGUACACCUGUGUGUGUGAGUGAGAUUGGAUCCUGAAUCAGUUCUGUGUGUGUAGCAGCCUGCAGGAACUAUGUGUGUGUGUGUGUGAUGUGGCAAAGACAAAUCUCUGCUGCGUCUGCCUGUAUCUGAGGUGUCCCAGUGUGCGUGCGUGCGUGCGUGCGUGUGUCACAUGCAUGAAUCAGUACCUGUUUAUCCUCUGUGUUUUUUAUGUGUGUAUGGAUGUUCUAGAACUCGCACUUGUAACUCUGUUGUGCUGCUCUAGAACCCUGACCCUGAUGGUUCUAGAAUCACUAUAAACAUGCAUUUAGAGCCAUUCUAAAACAGAACACUAGCUGUGAGGCUGUAGAAGGGACGAGGGGACGUGUCUAUGAAACAAACCUCUCGUUUCCCUCGCGCAUGUCGUCCUUACAAUCCUGACAGCCAAUAGGGAGACGGUCAGUCACCAUGCGCCCUGCUACGAUUGGCUGUUUUUUGUUUUGUUUUGUUUUCCUCUGUGAUUUGAUUGGGUAGCUGUACAGAACGCUCACUGUGACCAUGCCCACUCUGUCCUCUCUUCUGUAGCGUGGAUUAUGUCACUGUUAAUUUAUUACAAUCAGUACAUUUGGAUUGCUUUGUUUGUUUGGUUUGUUUUUUUAAAGAAAUAACACCUGUAAAUGCACAA